AUGGAUAUCAACAAAUUGUUAUCGAACCGGAGGCAGUCGGAAGAAUCAGAGAAGAAGGAAUUAUUAGAGUCGACCCUGAAAGUUAAUGACAAGAUCCUCACGAUGACCACAAGACAUUUCUCCUUCCAACAGUAUAUCGUCAUCAUCUGUUCCUUGUUCGUAUGCGUCGGAUACCACUAUCGUAACGGCGAUGAAAGACCACUGGAAGAUAUCCUUAGAAGGGACCUGGGAGACUGGAACCAAGACCCUAAGCCAAUAUGCUGGGAUAUUUUCUGUCAGACCUUCUCCUACGUUGCUUGGAUGAAGUCAACCAGAAAUGAGCUGGAGCGACAACUAAGCUACAUUCUCGGCGAGGUACGACAUCUCCCAGAGAAAUCUCUAGAUACAAUCCAGUGCGUUCAAUCAGAGGCUUUCUGCUGGAUACGAAAUAUAAAACUCAUCUGUCUCAUUUAUGGGGCCCCAUUUGGACAUCUCGACAUGCCCAAAUUUUGGGUUACAGACAAGCUAGACAAUUUGGUCUCCUUGCUCAGUGAUUCUCCGAUGUUUCCAGGUUCCAUCUCUCGGACGGAAUUAGAAUCAAUCAUGCGAAAACUAUGUCGGUUGUUCAUGAAGGACACCCCUGAUGGACUUCAUAUACCUCCUACGACAAAGAAGAGGCGUUCUAGUGAGCGAUUAGGUGCACAGGAGAAGUUUGUCAAGCGGGAUUAA